UUAUUGUUAAAUCGGCAUUCAAUUUUUGUAAGAUUACUGAUUCGAGUUUAAAAAAUUUUUUUAAAUACAUAUUAACUCUUUCAUUAACUUUAUUUAUUUCUAAGACUUGUUAUUGUAUUGCUAAAUAUGACUUCGAGGAAAAGAAGUGGAUCUGGAUCGUCAAAACGCCCGAAGGAGAAGGUUGUAUAUAUUUAUGAAAUAUUUUUACGUGGGGAGGAUCCUACCAAAGACAAUCCAGAAUUUUGGAAUGAAUUUUUUCUUUUGCAACCUAAUGUUGAAAGUUUUGAAAAUGAAUUGUCUAAAUUGUCAAUUGAGCAGCUUGUAUCUGUUAAAAAUAAUUUAAAUUUGAUUUUUACAAAGUGUAUUGAAAUGCUUGAAUCAAGUCAUACAAAAAGAAUUUUUAAUAGCCUUCAAACGUUAUGCGCACUUUUUCAUUCCAUAUUUAAAAGGUCUGCUUCUGAACCGAGUCUUGAUGUUAUACGUACAAUAUUUGAAUUUGAGCAAAUGGAUGAAAAUAUGAAAAUGUUAUUAACACAUUGCAAUAAUAUUAUGAUAAGUAAGUCCCAAGGUUUUAUUAAGAUUUAUUUAUUUAAUGACACAACAAAAAAUUUUAUAUUUUUAGGUGAUAUAUCAGAAGGCACAAGAUUUAUGUGCCUUAAAUUUAUAUUGACUUUAGUAACAGGAACUGAUAACGUUAGUCAAAAUAUUUUAAUGGAAUAUUUAAUGAUGCAUAGUUUGUUUGACAUUUUAAUACGUUUAUUAAGUGACUCUUCAUUACGUGCACAACAUGGUCAUGAUAUUGUAGUAUUGUUAACAUUGUUGGUAAACUAUAGAAAGCAUGAAGCUGCCAACCCUUACAUUGUACAAUUAUCAAUAUUAGCAGAUGAAUUAGCUUUAAAUGGUUACGGUCAAAUGAUAUCAUCAUCACUUAUUGAUUUUUGUCGUCAAUAUAUGCAAAACUUAUCGAAUGUUCAAUCUUCAUCGUGGUUUUCUUCACUGUCAAAUAUCGUGGGUAAUAUGUUUGUCUCAGAUGAAGGUUAUGAACGUGUGCAACAAAUCAAAGCAAAUAAUGCACUACUAUUAGCUUUAUACGAAGCUGUUCAUCUCAAUAGAAAUUUUAUCACAACAUUAGCACAUACACAGACUGAAAGUAGCGCACCACCAUCACCUAGUAACACUUUGAACGCUAACCAACCAGUUCCAGAUCUCUCGAAUGCUCCCAUUCUAGACAUAACACAAUAUCCUAGUAAUUUGUUAGUUGCAGUUUUUCAAUACUGUUCAAUUGUAAUGCAAGAUAACAAAAAUGAAUCUAGUGUAGCAAAUCUAAAACUGUGUUUUUUAAUUUUGACGUGUAUAUCAGAGGACCAGUAUGCUAAUUCAAUAAUGCAUGAUAAUAAUUUAACUUACAAAGUUUUAUUGCAUCGAGCUCAAAUGAGACAUCGAAAAUUAAAUGUUGAUCGUCUUGGAAAAGCACAACCUUUGGCUGCUACUUUAUUAGAUUUGCUUGUUGAGUUCAUUGUUUCGCAUUUAAUGAAGAAAUUUCCAAUGGAAUUAUAUUUACUGUGUAUUGGCGUAAUUCACCGAAUCUUGUGUUAUCAGAAGAGAUGUCGGAUUCGAUUAAAUUAUCCAUGGAAAGAACUAUGGUCAGCUCUAAUCGGUUUACUAAGAUUUUUAGUAACCCAAGAACAGAAUCUAGUAAAAAAAUGUAACAUUUUUUAUUUAUCAUUACAAGUUGUAAAUAUAUUCAAUUUAUUCAUCACAUAUGGAGAUACAUUUCUAGCGACAACUAAUAGCUACGAUGAGCUUUAUUAUGAAUUAAAUCGUGAAGAGAAAGUUUUUAGUGAAAUACAUGCCAUGGUUUUACGUUACACAACAAUGCCUGAUACUGAAUAUAAAGACGAUGUAAUAAAGUUAAUGGGUUCUUUAGUGAAUAUAUUGGCAAUUAUAAAACAUUUUCAAAAUAAGAUUAAAGAGUGGUUAGCUGAACAAGGAUUAUCGACACCAACUGAAGAACAAAUAUUAGAAGUUGUCCGGAAAAAUUAUGAUUUAACAUUAAAAUUGCAAGAUUCUUUAGAUCAUUAUGAAAGAUAUUCUGAAACACCGAAACAUACUGCAUUUUUUACAUCAAUGGUACGAGAUGUUGUCACCGAUACACGAAAAAAUGUUUAUGCUUACAUAAAAGAGGCAGUAUCGGCACUUCCGGAAGCGGAUCUAAUCACGUCUCAAUGAAAGUUAGAUAUGUUUUGUUAGAUAUGUGGAUUUGGAAAAUUAUACAAAGAAAAACAAUUAUAGUAAACACAUUGUCUUAAAACUUUUUGUUCGUACAUUGUGAAUUUAUAUACGUAUAUAAAUGUAUGAAAUGUAUAUUUAUAUAUGUAUAUAUAUAUAUUAUACAUAGAUAUAUUUGAUUGGUAUGUUUUAUGAUUUUAUUCAAUAUUCAA